GCUAUUGAGAAUUUGUAUUAUUCCUUGUAUUCAGCAAAUUAUUCUUUGGUGUAUUAUCUAUUCCAUUUUAACAGACAUUUCUCUUUUGAAGAGCAUCGCCGAUAUAUCGGGAAUAUCAACGGCCGAUAAAUCGAAAUUCACUUUCGAAAAGUGGCGUCGCGUCAUCGAUAUUCGCGCAGAUGUCAAAUUGUGCAUCAUAAAAAGUUGUUUACAAAAUUUUAUCGUGAGUUUUCUCAAAUUUUCGCCAUGGGUGGCUGUCGAUGUACGUUCCAGACAUGCGAGAACAACAGUGCCAACUCCCCAAACAUGCACUUCUUCCACUUUCCCGCCAAGAAGACGGAUUUGUGCAGAAAGUGGGCAAAGUUUGCCAAUCGUGUUGAAUUCAUGUCUCUGCCGUUGGACAAGCUGAAGAACAAAGUCGUGUGUCAGAUGCACUUCCGGACGGAGAGCUUCAUGAACUACCUGCAGAACAGCCUCGUGAAGACGGCAUAUCCCACGCUGAUGCGCUUCGAAGACGUCGUGAUAGACUUGGAGAAGGAUUCUCCGGAAGAGCAGGUAGCCAAGCUGUCGGAUGCCAAUCAAUUGGUGAUGAAGCUGGACGUGCCAGAGAUGGAGGAGGGCGAGACGGCCCAGGACAACUUUGUCAUUGACAUACUGCAGAGCACCGAGGACGACAUCAACAUCUCACCAGGGGAGAAUCUGAUGAUAUCAAAUGCGAGACAGAGUAACCAGCAGAACUUCAUCUUUGAGCUUAAUCAGGUGUUAGAGGACAAGGUGGUGACACCGAGGAAGGAGCACAAGACACCUGCGAUACUCAAUCCCGCGUACAAACAAGCCAGUCGCACCAAAGUGACCCAAAAUGUGGGGUGCGUCGUGAAGAAGCCGCUGCGGAAGCCUGCGCCUCCGUCGGAUGUGAAGCUCACCGCGCGCCAGGAGGUGCUGAUGGAGAUGAAGAUGAAAUCUGAACCAGUGCGUCAGACGGUCAGAGAGGUGAUUGAGUUCGAGAGUCCAGACGUGGUGCCGCAAGAGCUGCCCAAGCAGCCUGAGGAGCCGAAGAGGGACGAAGCGCUGGAGUGCAUGGCCAAGGAGCUGGGAGAGCUGAAGCAAAUGGUGUUGGAGACUGUGAGCACCCUCAAGGCCGUCCCGCCGGCUCCUCCUGCGCCUCAGCCCACGUCCACGAGCACAGCCGAGAGCAGCAAUGGUUCGAAGGGCGAGAAGAGCAUGAACAAGUUGCAGUUGUUUAACGCCAUCAAGCGAUACCUCAAUCCCUCCAUGGUGGCCCUGCUGCGGAUGGAGAUGUUCGGCGGCAUGGAUCGGGAGUGGAAGCAGGACGAGAAGGAAUUCUCCGUGGAAUUGUACAAUCUGGGUCUGAAUGUCUAUGAGUUCAUGCGAGACGAGUGGAGAUUUCGCCUCCCGCCCGAGAAGGCUGUCCAGAAGUGGGCCAGCGAAAUGUAGUCGCAUCC